AAAUCUGUUUAUGAGCUUGCUCAGCUGCAUAAAAACGCGCUUAUAACAACAUAAUUAUGUUGUCUGCUUAGAUUUAUAUUCCAUCGGACUAAAACCGCAAUUACUGUUUUCUUGCGCCAGGAGUAUUGCUAAAUAUAUAUUUGUAGCGUGCUUGUUCCAAACGGAUAAUUGACUUGAAAUUUACUUUAAGUGGAUUUUGUCGUAGUGAUGUUUUAGUGUUUCGCUAUAUUCUCGAUAAUAUUUUAAAUGAGCAACCAGAUUUUUGAAAAUGUUAUUUGCUUUCUGAUUGGUUAAAUAUAUUACAAAUUUUUAACACAGAACAUCCUGUUUCAUUGUCUUUGUUUUAGUAGCUUGAUCAACUCUAGAAAAUUGAGGAUUAUGGUACAGUCCUUUAUUAUUUUAGUUUUCAGUUUAUGCCUUCUAGAGUUGUGUUGUACACGACUCACAAGAGUGCGCUAACCUGAAUACGAUUUCUAAUAACUUAAAAAGAAUACGGACACGUAAUAUAAUUGUGCUGGAAUGAAAUUGUGCGAAUAUGAAUUCAGAAUAUGGAAGUAAUUGACCAACACAUUUGUUUACUACAGAUGGAUUUGAAUUAUAAGUGGACUUUUGUGUACAAUAUUUGCCUAGCGAAAGACAAAUAGAACUAGCGGCCAUGGAAAUUGAACGGGAACGCCUUUUAAACAUCGCUUCGGACGACAAAGAUGUCCGCCCUAAGCACACGGCGCAGGUUUUGAUUACCAGAAACGUCUACACACAGGACCAAUACGAUGCUACGUAUGCGGAUUCGAAUGCCACAAAGUCCACCCUAAUGACGUGUGUAAAGAAAAAACUUAAAAUCUGUAGUCCGAACAAAAUUUGCGAAAUUGUGUUAUCGUAUUUUCCUUGUGUUUACUUUGUGCGCAAUUAUAAUAUCAAGAAAUAUAUUGCUUGGGAUUUGUUGUCGGGUAUUACGGUCAGUUUCAUGCAUUUGCCGAUGGCGUUAGGCUUUGGAAUUCUCGCAACGUUGCGUCCCGUGCAUGGCCUGUACACCACUUUCUUUUCCGUAUUGGUGUACAUGAUUUUGGGAACUUCACCACACGUGUCCUUUGGGACCAACGCCGUGAUGGCGUUGCUGACACAAACUGUUGUUGAGCGCGAGGCAGGUAUUUUUAUUGACGAACGAAGUGCAGCCAAUGGAACCGCCCCAACUGAAGACGAAAUAAUGGAAGUGAAAACGGGUGCUGCUAUGGCAUGUUGUUUUAUUGUCGGUGCAAUUCUUCUGACCAUGGGUCUUCUGAAACUUGGUUUCAUCACGACGUAUUUGUCCACAUCGUUUGUUGGCGGAUUUACCACUGCGUCGGCCGUCCACAUAGCAACAAGCCAGCUACCAAAGGUCACAGGUAUUACAUUGACCAAUCAUGCCGGAGCUGGGAAGCUGAUAUUCACGUACAUAGAAAUUUUUAGUAAAAUUGGCGAUGCGAACGUAGCGGCAGUUAUAAUAGGUGUUAUUUGUAUGGCAGUACUGCUGUUUGUGAAGAUAUGUAUCAAUGAACGCUUUAAAAGCAAGAUGAAGAUGCCAGUGCCAAUUGAUCUUAUUGUUGUAGUAGUUGUGACUAUCAUAUCACACUUCGCGAAAUUCUAUGAUAAAUUCAAUGUGAAAGUUGUUGGAGAGAUUCCUAGUGGUUUCACUGUGCCUGAUGUACCGCAUUUCCACAACCUUGACGCUUUUAUAAUGGAUGCUGUAGUAAUCGCCGUUAUGUCCUUUGCUUUGAGCAUAUCUAUGGCGAAGCAUUGUGCCGUCAUUCACGGCAUUGAUAUAGAUGACAACCAGGAACUUGUUGCAUAUGGCGCAAGUAAUUUGAUUGGCUCUUUCUUCCAUGCCUUUCCGGCUGCCGCUGCCCCGCCAAGGACCAUGAUUCUUAGCUCGCUUGGAGCCAAGACAACGCUACACGCGGUUCCCACGGUCGUGUUCAUCGUGCUAGUUAUUUUGGUCAUUGGUCAGCUUUUUGUGUCACUGCCAAUGACAGUUCUGGGCGCCAUGAUAAUUGUUUCAAUGAAGGAUCUGUUGCUUCAGUACCAGAACCUUCCGAGAAUCUGGCGCAUUAAUAAGUACGACUUUGCUAUUUGGAUGACUACAAACGUCGUAAGUGUUUUAGCAGAUCUUAAGUAUGGCAUUAUUGCCGGCAUUGGGGUGUCGAUAUUUCUCGUGGUUGUUCGAGAUCAGUGCGCGAAAGCGAGUAUCGCAACUGUAGCUGAGAACGAAGACGUACUCGUUAAUGUUAAAGCAUUUGACGGUAACGCGCAUGUAAAAGUCUUUAGAAUACCCACGAAUCUGUACUUUGCGACCUGUGAGCGCAUCAAGUCAGAGCUGUUUAAACGGGUACCUAGCUCUAUCCAAAAACCAAGAACAAUCCAUGCCGAUCUUCACAAGGCGUUUAAUAUUGAUAAAAAUAUUGAGCACAACGAUACGCAUAAAAAUGGUGAAAUAUCAACAGCGAAGCCAGCGGAUAAUUUUGAAAAUGUUGUUGACGAAGAGCAUAUAGUGCUAGUGAUUGAUUGUUUGCGGGUUAGUUACAUAGAUAUGGCCGGCCUUGGGAUUCUGGUACAGAUAGUGAAAGCAUACAAAGGGAUGGGAAUGGACGUCUAUUUGACAGGUUUACAUCAAUCGGUCAUAGAGACGUUAACGAACGGAGACUUCUUCAAAUCGUUUCCAAGGUCCGACGUAUAUUAUGACGUGUUUGAUGUGCUGGAAAUGCUACCAAAGACCUCGAAUAUGUAAGAAUUACUAUUUGCAUUGUAUACUAAGCGGCCGUAGUGGAACUAUUUUAAGGACAAGAAGGGAAACAGAUUUAUAAACUUAAAGUUACUAUAUGUUUUUUAUGGAAACAUGAUUAAACACUAUGUGUCUAUAGAAUUAAAAGGUAUAUUGAACUAAUAGACGCAAUCCAACACGUACGGACAUCAUUAAGGAGAACGACUUAGAUGGGAUACUAGUGUUUAAUAAUACUAUUAUUGCUAAUGUUACUAUUAUUCAUAAUUUAUAAUAUUUAGUACAAUACAAAUGGAGAGAUAUGUAUUAUAGUUAAUUGCUGGUACAGAGUUGGUAUUUUGGUAUGUGUUUAAUUAAACUAUAUGUGACUUUUCCUGACCACCUCUGAUAUAUAAGUAUACAAGAACAUAAAAACAUUUUUUUCGUUAGUAGUCGCGGGUAUUACUAUUUUAAUGUUGUUUCGCAAUUAAAAAUAUUACUUACAUUUCUAUUUGUUGUUAAAUUAAUCAUCAUAACUUUAUGUAUGCAUAUGUUAUUCAAAAUUCUGUUAUUGAUAAAUGUUUGAUAUAGUAUAAUGUGAUAUUUCGUUCAAGCAUAUGAUAACUUGAAGGAACAAACUUUGCCAUCAACUUUAUUUAUUUAUUACGUUUAUGUUUUUAAUAACUUUUGUUCUUGCCACAUACUUCAUUUUUGAAAGGAUCGACUUGUACAAAUGGCAACAUUUGCUUCGUCAGGGCACGUGGCCCUUUAUUCAUAGCAAUUGACCAAUUGGCAACAAUCAGACACAAGACAAAAGCGCUACACAAUGUACACACAAAAUAUCAG